CUGGAGACAAUUCCAGAGUUUUUCAAACCAGUGACACAAAGGCUCUUUGCUGGGAGUCUAGAGAUUUGGGUGGUUGUUUUCUGAUCUGUGAUAAUGAAUACAGCAGGUAAGUGGUCCCUGUAUAAUGUAUGUGUAUUGUGUAUGGGAAGCUCUUUCUGCAGGGCUGCAUACGGUGUAUUUAAUGUAUAUUAGGACUGCUUUAAAAGCCUGACUUUGUGGCUGUGUUGACUAAAUAUGACAGUUUGUCACACUGGAGAACUUUGAAUAAUUACAUUUCAUAUGGAACAAAAAGAGAAGUAUUAUGUCCAACUCUGCCUUUUCUGUUCUAGACCAUCUCAGGGAAAACUAAAUCUUAGAACACUGUAGUGUCAGACAGCGAAACCUCUCAUGUGUAGCCCCUGCUAGAAGUAAGACUGUCUAACACUGGUGGGAGGAGGCUGAGCAAGACAAAAUCUGGGCACAGUAACUGCUUUGUGGCUAAGAUUUGUAUACAAAAUGCUAUAGCUCUAAUGGCAUGCACCUAGCCAAUCUGUUCCAUGUGUGGGCACAUCAUUUUGGAAAAUAACUUCUCCUUAAUGCUGAGGGCUCAGACAACUGAAAUAUGGAUCUCCUUGGUUUUUCUAUGCUACACUGAAAAUCAGAUAUGACUGGUACCAGAAUAAGAGCAGAUGAUGGAUAUUUGUUCUCCUGCCUCCCUGGUUUGCUCAUGCCAGGAUAUAAAAUGAAUUAAAGGGACACUAGUCACCAGACCUCUAAUGCAUAAUCUAGUGGUGUGUAUAAUUCACUCUUGGUCAUGGAGGUAGGGCUAGUCGCAUCAAAACCAAUGUGGUGAUGGAGUAACAUUCCCCUCUUUAGGCGUGGGGGGGAAGAGUUGGGUAGGGACACCUUAACAUUGAAAAGGUAACUAUAUAGUGUUACGAAUAUUUGUGUGUAUUAACACUAUAGUGUUCCUUUAACAGGAUCCAGAAUUGCACACCAUGCAUAUUGCUUUAUUUCACUUUGAGGAUCUACUCCUUUCUCUUGGCUGCUCAUAGCCUCAGCCUGAUUCAACCAACAAUGUUACUGCACCCAAACCCACGCUUGGAUAAUGACAUGCAAGCUGGCCAUUUACUCUAUAUAUCUAAAGGGGAAAUUCCUGACUCUUGCUGUAUAGCUGUUAGAAUGUUUGUUUCUUCCAACCUGAACAGUACUUCUUUGCAUCUACAUUCUUUAAAACCUGUAACUUCCUUGUGAGUUCCCCACUAUUCCCAGUGCAUUGAGAUGUGUAUCAAUAUCUAUAGUCCUUCUGUAUAACGCUAUUUUAUAGUCUUGGUUCAUACUUUUUAGGACAUUCCACUUCCUAAAAGUAUGUUCCAAAAAGGUGGCAGCACUCACAGAAUUAGAAAUGCUAAUCUUUAUUUGUUCAUAUAAAAAAAAAUAAACCUCUUGGUCCUCUGUAUGGGACUCUCUUCAGGAUCCUGAAAGCCCCAUACAGAGGACUGAAAGGUUUUUUUUUUUUUGUUUUUUUUUAGGAACAAAUAAAGAUUAGCUUUUUUUUUUAAUUCUGUGAGUGCUGCCACUUUUUUGGAUAUCUCAUAUGAUAUUCUCAGCUUGGAAGGGAGGUGGGGACCAGCUGAUAUCUUGUUUGUAGUCUCUGCAAGCUCUCCUCAGCCCAGGCUUUCUAUGCAUGUCCAAUAAGACUUCCCAGUCAAAGUGCUUUUGAUGUUUGGAUUGUUCCUUUAAUAUUUUACUUGCCUCAAUCUAGAAUCCACUGUUGGUUGACUCCUUAGUGGUUAAAGGUCUCUAAAAAUAACCUGUCCCCUUUUGGGGGGUUUUAUUUUUAUAUAUAUAUAUAUAUAAUUUUUAUUUUUUUUAGAUGACAUCCUAUUUGUUGUGACUAGAAAAGAAUAUACUACUGGAGUUGGCUUACCCCCGAGCAACAAAGAUGACCACUAUAUGCUUCGCUCUACUCCUGUUGGCAAGUUAAUGAAUGCCAUAAAGAUCUUCUUUUCCCCUAAAGGAGAUCUGUUUGCUGUUCGUGGUGGAGACUUGUUCAAGGGACCUGUGCCUUCGGAACAAGGCCUGAAUUGGUUUGAGACUGCCAAGAGAGUAGGCAAAGUAGACUGGGGCAACUUUAAAUUUACCCUCUUUGAUCCACAUGGGAUUCUGUAUGCUGUUACAUCAAAGGGUGAUCUCUACAGGGGUCCAGCCCCCACUAAUGAAAAUGUGCCUUGGCUUUAUCAUCAAGCUAACAAAAUAGGAUGUGGUGUGUGGAAUUCAUUAAAAGCUCUCUUCUUUGAUCCUGAAGGGGUUCUGUAUGCAGUGAAAUCAGAUGGCCAUCUUGUGAAGGGAAGCCCACCAGGCUUUCCAGGAGAUGACUGGCUUUCAACAUGCAUACCUGUUGGCAAUGAGAACUGGUCUAAUCUCUCUCGCUUCAUAGGCUUCAGUCCUGCUGGAGAUCUGUGGUGCGUUGACGACUCUACAGGAAGACUGCUAAAAUGGGGACCUGGAUCAAUGGCCAGAAGUGCAUAUGCUCAUAUCGAGGCAGAGCCUAUGGGCCAGGGAUUUACGUCCUGUCUCUUCUUUGCUUUCACUGCAGAUAAAAUCAUUCACAGUAUUGAGAGCUUUGAAUUUCUAACUGCUUCUAGCAAAAUUGUAUCUCAAAAGAGCAUGACUUUGAAUGUCCAGACCUACAUCAAUAGUGGUGAUGAGGCUUUGAGCCACAAACUAUCGUAAGUAUAAAUCACAAACUCUGCUACCUAAAAUCAAACCAGGAAAUAGCAGAGAACCUGCUACAUUCUGAUUUGGGGGGGUUGUUUACUGAUUAUCUAGUAUUGAGGGGUGCUCUCUUCCUAAAUAUUGAAUUAUAUACUGAUUGAUAUGUUUCUAACUCUAGAUUCUCAAAAACAAUUGCUGAUCUCAGUACCUUCAGCCAGGACCAUGGCUUUACAGUGAAGGCUGGGGCUGAGAUCACAUUUAGUGCUGGAAUCCCUUGUAUAGAUGAUUCUGAUGAGAUUGCACUCAACACGAGUGUUGCUCAUACCUGGGACUUUACCAAGACCAAUGAAAUACAGGUAAAUGGGGAUGCAGAAUAGAAUCCAAUUUAGUUGUGCUAAUGUUUAUUACCUUGUAUGUGUCAGAUGGGUGAUAGCAAUUGCUUGGUGAAUAAUCCUUUUGUGUACAGACUGUAGCACGGCUGGGUAGGCUUGCAUUGUGACUCUUCCUUUUCCUUUUUGCUUUCAGUAAAACUACAAAGCUCUUACUUCCCAGCCCCUUCAUGGCACUCUAUAAAUAUUGGGUCAUUAACCCUUCUUGAAUGGUCAUGCUGAAUUUCCUUUUUAUAUUGCUGGAUGUCUCAUGUGGGGCUAUUUCCUUUAGGAUCUAUUAAUGUAUCUGAACAUUGUAAUGGUGGCAAUUGUGUGAUGUACAUUGUCUCUUCUCCUACAGAAUACUUUCCCAGUCAAUAUAGAUGUCAUAGUGCGACCACAUUCAAGAAUGCGUGUGGUUGCAUCAGUCAUGGAGGCUGUACUGGAGGUGCCUUACUCUGCCACAAUCCACACCAUGUUUGGCUCUGAAGCUACCAUAAAAGGGAUGUGGAAAGGAGUGACUCAUUAUAACCUCACCAUCGCCCAAGGGAAGUCAUAAAUCAGUGCGUCAUUUUGGAUAAAGCAAAAUUGACACAAGCCACUAUGUAUGGUUUCAGGAGCCUAUAAAAAGGGCAACCCUACUGUGGUAAUAGUUUGGAUAUAUAACAGUCGCAAUGUUUAUACAUCUGAGCCAAUAAAUUUUCUAGCAGUCUCCUUGUCUGUCUAGUUUACUCUGUAAGCCACAAGUGGUUUCUGGUGGUGGUAUACAGUUGUGCUUCAGUGUCCAGGAUUGGUUUCUAGGUCAGACCUUUAUUAUAGAAUAUUAGGGUUACAACUUGGCCCUAAUAAAGGGAUGUCUACAUUCUGCCAGUAACUUGAAG